CCCUUUCCAUAAUUAAACCUUGAACAGAGUAACCAAACCAUACAUUUGUUUCUAUCGGAAUUGUGAGCAAGCCAACAUCUAUUUGCUCUGUUUCCAAUUUUCCAUGGCAAAAACAACUCACAUAGCUGUUAUUUCAAGCCCUGGUUUCAGCCACCUAGUUCCAAUAGUAGAGUUCACCAAGCGACUCAUCUCUCACCACCCCAAUUUCCAUGUCUCUUGCAUCAUUCCCUCACUUGGGUCACCACCAGAAUCCUCAAAGUCCUACCUUGAAACCCUCCCUUCAUACAUAAACCCCAUCUUCCUCCCCCCAAUCAACAGAGAAGACGUACCCAAAAAAGCAUACCCUGGAGUACUAAUUCAACUCACUGUAAAUCUCUCACUGCCAUCAAUCCAUGAAGCCCUGAAAUCCCUCACCUCAAAAGCCCCAUUAAUCGCGCUGAUUGCUGAUUCAUUCGCGAUUCAAGCGCUGGAUUUCGCGAAAGAGUUCAACUCCAUGUCUUACCUUUACCACCCUUGUGGAGCCACAGUUCUGUCACUGAUGCUACACAUGCCAAAACUUGAUGAGCAAGUUUCAAUUGAGUACAGUGAUCUUAAAGAGCCUAUAAAGUUACCAGGUUGUGUUCCACUCAUGGGGAGUGAUCUUCCAGCACCAACCCAAGAUCGGUCUAGUGAAGGUUACAAGCAAUUUCUUGAACGUUGCAAAAGGGUUUCUUUAGCUGCUGAUGGAAUAUUGAUCAACACUUUCUUAGAGAUGGAAUCUGGUCCUAUAAGAGCAUUACAAGAGGAAUGGAAUGGGAAAAUCAGAGUUUACCCUGUUGGACCCAUCACACAAAUUGGGUCAAUAAUUGAGGCUAAUGAUAAUGAGUGUUUGAAAUGGUUGGAAAACCAACCUCCUAGUUCUGUGGUGUAUGUUUCUUUUGGAAGUGGAGGAACACUCACUCAACACCAAAUUGAUGAGCUUGCUUUGGGUUUGGAAUUGAGUGGUGUGAGAUUCUUGUGGGUUUUGAGAGCUCCAAGUGAUUCAGUUGGUGCUGCUUAUCUUGAGGCUGGAAAUAAGGACCCUUUGCAAUUCUUACCAAGUGGAUUUUUGGAGAGAACCAAACAGCAAGGCUUGGUUGUUCCUUCAUGGGCACCUCAGGUUCAAGUACUUGCUCAUAGUUCAGUUGGUGGGUUCCUAUCCCACUGUGGUUGGAAUUCUGUUUUGGAGAGCAUGCAAGAGGGAGUGCCUAUAAUAGCAUGGCCACUCUUUGCAGAGCAGAGGAUGAAUGCAGUGAUGUUAGCUGAUGGUCUUAGAGUGGCAUUGAGGGUAAAAUUUAAUGAGGAUGGCAUAGUAGAAAAGGAGGAGAUUGCAAAGGUGGUGAAAAGUCUAAUGGAAGGUGAAGAAGGUGAUGCAAUGCGCAAAAGAAUGAGGGAUUUGAAGGAUUCUGCUGCUGAUGCAAUCAAAGAUGGCGGUUCUUCAACACAGACCCUGAUUAAGGUUGCUAGCCAAUGGGAAAAUAUGGGUGGGAUUUAGGAAAGUAAAUCCUAAAGUUCUUUUGAUUAAUGUUUAAUAUUCCUAAGUUGCGGUGUAGUGCUGCACUACUGUUUGAUUGAUCCAUUUUGUUUUAAUAUGUUGUAGUGAGUUGGCUACUCUUGUGCUC